AUGUCCGGUUCAGGAGAUAAUGGUUGUGCACAACAGGGACCUGAGGCAUCACAUCCGGGUGCUUCGAAUGAACUUCUAUUGGAAUUUCUCGAUAGUGUUAUGUACAAACGUUUCGACACAGCCCUUAUGCUCUGCAAAAAAAUAAUCGAAGCUGAACCUGACAACUAUGAAGCUCGUGCAUUUCUUCCUAUGCUUGAGGAGGCUAGUGCAUUAAAGUCAACCGGAUACUUUAAUCCAUUAGACACCUCUUCUUCAACUGAAUCCGGUGAAAGCAGUGCAGAGGAAAGCGAACACAAAAAGGAGCGUCGCAACUCUUCUUCCUCUUCAGAUGAAUGGGAUUACAGCACCACAACGUCAGAUUCUGAUGAUGCUUCAGAAGAUGAUGGGUAA